AUGGCGGCGGCGACCGCCACCGCCGGCUCAGCCGCUUGCAGCAGCGGCGGCAGCGCUGGCACCGACGCCGCGGGCACCAGCGGGUUGCAGCCGCCGCUGCCGCAGCCCCAGCCCGCGGCCGCCGCACCGGCCCAGCGGCCGCCCGAACCCCCCCGGAAGCCGCGCGUGGACCCACGGCGCCGCCAGGCUGCCCUCUCCUUCCUCACCAACAUCUCGCUGGACGGACGGCCGCCGCUGCAGGAGGAGGAGUGGGGCGGCGGCGAGGAGAGCGGAGCAGCUAAGCCCGGAGCGGGCAGCGCUUACGGCGCUAGGACUCGGCUCAGCCUACUGGCCGCCGGCUGCAGCGCGCUCGCCGCACCGGGCACAGCGGCCGCGGCGUUGGCUACUGGGUCUAGCCCCUUCCCACUGCAGCCUUCGCUGCUGCCGCCCCUGGCUCCGGGCGGCCACGCGACCCUGCCCGGCCCCGGAGCGUCGCGGGCGCUCGCUAGCCCUCUGGGCGCGGGCCGGACGUCGGGGGAGCUUUUGCAAACGUCCCGGUCGGCGCCUCUAGCCUCCUGUUCUCAACUGCAGCUGCUGGAUGGGCCCGGGAGUGCCGAGCAGGAGGAGUUGGAGGAGGACGAUGCCUUUACCACCGUGCAGGUGCCGGCAGCCGCCUUCUUGAGCUCCGGGACCCCCGGGAGUGGGAGCGGCAGUCGGGGCCGUCUCAACUCGUUCACUCAGGGAAUCCUGCCCAUCGCCUUCUCCAGGCAGAUCUCACAAAACUACUGCUCCCUGGAGCAGUCGGGUCAGAGCGGCAGCACCAGCGCCUUUGAGCAGCUGCAGAGGUCUCGACGUCGCCUCAUCUCCCAGAGAUCAUCGUUGGAGACCCUGGAAGAUAUUGAAGAGAAUGCCCCUCUCCGGAGAUGUCGAACUCUCUCAGGUUCGCCCAGACCAAAGAAUUUUAAGAAGAUUCAUUUUAUCAAGAACAUGCGGCAACACGAUACCAGGAAUGGCAGAAUAGUCCUUAUCAGUGGCAGAAGAUCCUUCUGUAGUAUAUUUUCCGUGCUGCCGUAUCGCGACAGUACCCAAGCCGGGGAUCUGAAGUUGGAUGGAGGGAGGCAGUCAGCAGGCGCCAUGAGCUUGAAAGAGAUCAUUGGUCUUGAAGGUGUGGAGCUGGGUGCUGACGGAAAGACAGUUUCUUAUACCCAAUUUCUGUUACCCACAAAUGCCUUCGGAGCCCGGAGGAAUACUAUAGACUCCACCUCCUCCUUCUCCCAGUUCCGCAACCUGAGCCACCGCAGCCUCUCCAUAGGCCGGGCCAGCAGCACCCAGGGGAGCCUCGACACAGGUAGUGACCUGGGAGACUUUAUGGACUAUGACCCAAAUCUCUUGGAUGACCCCCAGUGGCCUUGUGGCAAGCACAAGCGAGUUCUGAUCUUUCCUUCAUACAUGACCACAGUAAUUGACUAUGUGAAGCCCUCAGAUCUCAAGAAGGACAUGAACGAGACCUUCAAGGAGAAGUUUCCUCAUAUUAAGCUGACACUCAGCAAAAUAAGGAGUCUGAAACGAGAGAUGCGGAAACUUGCCCAGGAGGACUGUGGCUUUGAGGAGCCUACGGUGGCCAUGGCCUUCGUCUACUUUGAGAAGCUCGCCCUCAAGGGAAAGCUCAACAAGCAGAACCGGAAGCUUUGUGCUGGAGCAUGUGUGCUGUUAGCAGCCAAGAUCGGAAGUGACCUCAAAAAGCAUGAAGUCAAGCAUUUAAUUGAUAAACUGGAAGAGAAGUUCCGGCUGAAUAGGCGAGAACUGAUUGCCUUUGAAUUCCCAGUGUUAGUGGCCUUAGAAUUUGCACUCCAUUUACCAGAGCACGAAGUCAUGCCACACUACAGACGCCUGAUCCAGAACUCCUAGCACAGGGCCCAGCAGGGUGAAGGACCAUUCCUCUGAGUGCUGUGGAGCGGAGUUCACUACUGGAAAUGCAAAAAAUAAAACUCAAAAGUACCAAGCUUCUUAUCCUCAUCAUAGUUUUCGCAGAGAAGCAGUACUGGAAACUUCACGGAGUCUUCAGUCUGGCUGGCCGAGAAGAG